AUGGGGAAGGUCAACCGAACUGACAGCAGCUCUUCUGGAAAACCAGCAGAUGCAGCCCCUCCUGAUGCUGGCCCCGCGCCACGGCCCCUCGGGCCUCCCGGAGGCCGCCUCUGCGGCUCGUCUCGCGUCUCCGACGACGUGCGUGUCUCUGCGUCGACCGGGUCCGGACGGGGCGCGCCGUCCGUCCAGGGCUCUCGCCCAGCACCCUCGCCCCCCCCCAGCCUUCUCCAUCCUUCUUCCCCGACGAGGCCGCGGCACGUCCUCGCCCUGGCGGUUCAGACUACCCCCCCACUGGGCACCCGGGCCGGCCGGGAGCCCUGCUCGGACGCCCCCUUUGUCUCUCCGGAGCUCGCCGGCUCUGCCUCGCCCUCCACGGCUCUUGCCCGUCCCUGCAGCGCGCCCCGCUGCCCUCUCCUGGCUCUCUGGACGCCUGGACCUGGCCGGACACACCCCUCAUCUGGUCGCCUCGACAGCCUGGUGCCCGCCCUGUUUCGGAAGGGGCCUGCAUCCUACGUGGACCCCCGCCCGGCAGGGGCCACGCCAGCCCUGCUCACACGGCCGCCUCUCCUGCACCCGCCCCCCCCGCGGCUCUCCGGCACGGGGGAGCGGCCUUCCUGGCGCCUCUUCCCAAGACACUCUGGUUUGCGGUUGUGGCGGGGCCGCGUGUGGCUUUCUGGGAGCCCGCGUCGGCGGCGGUGGGACGGGCGCCCUCCCAGCCGCUCAGGAAGCGGCCCCAGCCGGAAAGGGGGCCCCCGGCGCCGCCGCCGCCGCCGCCGCCGCCGCCACCGCCCCCGCCGAGCGGCCUUCCGGCGGGCGGGUCCAAAGGCAGCCGAGCAGGGUCGAGUCCCGGGUGGGCGGGACCGAGAGGAGCCGAGCGGCGCCGACUCUCACACGGGCGGGGCCGAGCGGAGCCGAGCGCGGCCGACCGCGCGUGCGGGGGGCGGGCGGGCGGGCCGAGGAGCGGGCGCGGGCGGCGGGGUGGGCGCGGGCCGGGCCGGCCGGUGGCGGACGCGACGCGGCCGGCCAGCGCCGCCGGGACGAGCCGGGCGGGCGCCGCGCGGUGGGAGGAGCGGGGCGGCGGCGGCGCGCCGCGCGAGGACGGCCCGGCGGGCCCCGCGCCCGCGCCCCCGCUCCUCCCGGGCCCCUUGGCCUCGGCCACCGCGGCGAUUCGCGCCUCGCGGCGCCGGCACCUGCCCGCGCGCCCCCCGCGAGCCCCGGGCCCGCGAGCGUUGGCGUUGGCGUUGGCGGCGCGCGCCGGGGCAUGCCCCGCGCCUAGGGGCCCGGGGGGCGCGCGGGGGACGCGCGGGGGGCCCGGGCGGCGGCGGGCGCGGCGUGGGGCGCGUGGAUGUGGCGCCGGGCCCGGGCGGCGGCGGGCUCCAGCGGCGGGACCCCUUCGCCCCGCCCGCCUUCCCCUUCGCGCCCCCGGGCGAGGCCGAGGCCGCGGCCGUGAUCGGCCGGGAGCCGGUGGCGGGGGGAGGUCGGGGCCGGGGCCGGGGCCGCCGCCGGGGCGCGCGGGGCGGCGGCGGGGGCCGCGGGGGUCCCGGCGCGCGAGAGCGGGAGCGGCCCGGGGAGUCGGAGCGCACCAUGGAGGCGGCGGCCGGCGGUCGCGGCGGCUUCCAGCCGCACCCGGGGCUGCAGAAGACGUUGGAGCAGUUCCAUCUGAGCUCCAUGAGCUCGCUGGGCGGCCCGGCAGCCUUCUCGGCGCGCUGGGCGCAGGAGGCCUACAAGAAGGAGAGCGUCAAGGAGGCGGGCGCGGCCACGGUGCCCGCGCCGGUGCCCGCGGCCGCCGAGCCGCCGCCCGUGCUGCACCUGCCCGCCAUCCAGCCGCCGCCGCCCGUGCUGCCCGGGCCCUUUUUCAUGCCGUCCGAUCGCUCCACCGAGCGCUGUGAGACCGUCCUGGAGGGCGAGACCAUCUCGUGCUUCGUGGUGGGCGGCGAGAAGCGCCUGUGCCUCCCGCAGAUCCUCAACUCGGUGCUGCGCGACUUCUCGCUGCAGCAGAUCAACUCGGUGUGCGACGAGCUGCACAUCUACUGCUCGCGCUGCACGGCCGACCAGCUGGAGAUCCUCAAAGUCAUGGGCAUUCUGCCCUUCUCGGCGCCCUCGUGCGGGCUCAUCACCAAGACGGACGCGGAGCGCCUGUGCAACGCGCUGCUGUACGGGGGCGCCUACCCGCCGCCCUUCAAGAAGGAGCUGGCCGCCAGCCUGGCGCUGGGCCUGGAGCUCAGCGAGCGCAGUGUGCGCGUGUACCACGAGUGCUUCGGCAAGUGCAAGGGGCUGCUGGUGCCGGAGCUCUACAGCAGCCCGAGCGCCGCCUGCAUCCAGUGUCUCGACUGCCGCCUCAUGUACCCGCCGCACAAGUUCGUGGUGCACUCGCACAAGGCCCUGGAGAACCGGACCUGCCACUGGGGCUUCGACUCGGCCAACUGGCGGGCCUACAUCCUGCUGAGCCAGGACUACACGGGCAAGGAGGAGCAGGCGCGCCUCGGCCGCUGCCUGGACGACGUGAAGGAGAAGUUCGACUACGGCAACAAGUACAAGCGGCGGGUGCCCCGGGUGUCCGAGCCCCCAGUCUCCAUAAGAAAACCAGACGACCCUCCCUCCCAGCACCCCACGUCUUCAGAGAAGGACAAGCAGUCAGGCUGGCUGCGGACCCUGCCUGGCGCCUCCAGCAAGGGCCUGGGCUGCACUCACCCUCGCCAGCGCCUCUCCGCCUUCCGACCCUGGUCCCCUGCUGUUUCUGCGAGUGACAAAGAGCUCUCCCCACACCUCCCGGCCCUGAUUCGAGACAGCUUCUACUCCUAUAAGAGCUUCGAGACCGGCGUGGCCCCCAACGUGGCCCUGGCCCCGCCGGCCCAGCAGAAGGCCGUGAGCAGCCCGCCGUGCGCCACCGUCGUCGCCCGGGGCCCCGAGCCCCUCGCCACCUGCAUCCAGCCUCGGAAGCGGAAGCUCGCGGCGGACACGCCCGGGGCCUCGGAGACGCCGGCGCCCGCGGGCGCCCCGGAGGACGACAAGGACUCGGAGGCCGAGGCGGAGGCGGAGAGCAGAGAGGAGUUCACCUCCUCCCUGUCCUCGCUCUCCUCCCCGUCCUUCACCUCGUCCAGCUCCGCCAAGGACCUGAGCUCCCCGGGGGUGCACGCCCCGCCCGCCCCGCCCGCGGCCCCAGACGCCGCGGCCCCCGCCGACGCCCCGAGCGGGGGGCUGGAGGCGGAGCUGGAGCACCUGCGCCAAGCCCUGGAGGGCGGCCUGGACACCAGGGAGGCCAAAGAGAAGUUCCUGCACGAGGUGGUGAAGAUGCGGGUGAAGCAGGAGGAGAAGCUCAGCGCCGCCCUGCAGGCCAAGCGCAGCCUCCACCAGGAGCUGGAGUUCCUGCGCGUGGCCAAGAAGGAGAAGCUGCGGGAAGCCACGGAGGCGAAGCGCAACCUGCGGAAGGAGAUCGAGCGCCUGCGCGCGGAGAACGAGAAGAAGAUGAAAGAGGCCAACGAGGCCCGGCUGCGCCUGAAGCGGGAGCUGGAGCAGGCGCGGCAGGUCCGGGUGUGCGACAAGGGCUGCGAGGCCGGCCGCCUGCGCGCCAAGUACUCGGCCCAGAUCGAGGACCUGCAGGUGAAGCUGCAGCACGCGGAGGCCGACCGCGAGCAGCUGCGCGCCGAUCUGCUGCGGGAGCGCGAGGCCCGGGAGCACCUGGAGAAGGUGGUGAAGGAGCUGCAGGAGCAGCUGUGGCCGCGGCCCCGGCCCGAGGCUGCGGGCGGCGGCGGCGAGAGCGCGACAGAGCUAGAGCCCUAGCGGACCCACUGCCUGCUGUCCGGCGGCCCGGACCCCGCGGGGACAGGGCGGCGGGCGCCACGCCGCUGGGGCUCCGCGUGGGGCGAGCCUCCCCUCUUCCCGGCCGUAUAGCACAACGUCUUACUGUGCCUACAACCAAGCGAGUGUUCGCGACCCCAUGCUUUUGGAAUCCACUGCGAAAUUUUCUACUGGCCAAGUUCAAGCGAGCAAGCUGGGUCCCCACCUGUAUGUAGCUGGAAACAAGGCCAGCUCGGUGGCUGUGGCUGGCCUCUGCUUGCUGGAACACUCUAACAUUUACACUUUUGUUAUAAGCUAUUUAAAACCAGUAAGAAGACUUGAUAUUCAGAAAAAAUCAACACGUUUUUUAAUGACUAACUUUUAAAAGCCCCACCCACACGCCCCGCUGCCGUCCGAGGACCCGCAAGGGGGCGGGGCGGCCGCUGCCCCGCCCCGCCCCGCGAAGCCAUCCCAGCCCGCCCGCGGCUGCAGAGGGCAGGAAGGGCUUUUCUCCAGAGUCUCUAUUUUUUCAGCAACAAGGACCCAGGCCUCCCAUGCUGCCGCCCGUGAGAGCGAGGAGAGGGCGCCCUGAGCUGACACUGCCGCCUUACGCCCGCUGCCCUGUCCCCACGGGCCGGUGCUCCCAGACACCGCGGGGGCGGCGCCCGCGGGCGGGGACAGAAGGCCGUCCCCGCCGCCGGACCGGCGACCCUCCUCGGCGGGGCAGACACCGCGCCCCCUCCCUGGGACUGAGGCUGCAGCAUCGGAACAAAACAGCAUUAUUUCACCUUUUCUUUUUGUUCGUUUGUUCAUUUAAACGUGUAUUUAGAACCGCACUUUGUCAAACACCCUUCCUCUUCUUUUUACUCCCCAGUUAACUGAGGUUUUUACUUUCCAAGUACCGAGACCGACGUCUAGAGCAGGUCGCCGCCCCAGUGCUGAGCGUUCGGAACCCCCCUGGUGCUCGUGGGACAAGGGAGUCACGGAAUGCGCGGACUGACCGCGGGGGGAGCUCUGUGCCUUCCAGCAUCGUGUACAGCGAACCCCGAAUCGUCUGCUCACCCCCCGAUACCCGUCUGCAGUAGCGACCGACUCUGCCGCUCUCAGAAUGAGUUCCUUGCAUUUAUUCCAAAUAAUCUCGUUUACGCUCAACUGUUUAUGCAAAGUGUAUAUGGUUUCUGACGCCCGAGCUUGAAAGUGAUUCCCCCGCAGACCAGAGGCGCUGCCCGCCCGAGCGCGGCCGCCGGGCCCGACUCCGCCCUCGCGCCCCCGCGGCCACGCACAGGCCGGGGCGGAGCCGCGGGUGCCGACACGCCUGCGGGGCCUCGCCCUCGGUCUGCCGGGGGCCCAGGUGCUGCCGGACCCCCUCCUGAAGUGCAAUGCAAAGGGACACCGCGCGUGCGUCUGGGUUUCGUGUUCUCUCGCUUCGUUUUCCUUUCCCAGCGGCCAGCCCCGUAUGCAUGGAGUCGCAGCCUCCGCCCCACGUGCACCCCUCGAUGGGCAUUAUUAUCGCGUCGUGGAAAGGGUCGGUGGUUGGGCAGCUGUCCGAAGGCCGUGUCGGCCUCGUCUCUCCAGAGUUGUGGUUUUUUUUUUUUUUUCCCAGCCAUUUUUCGAGGGAAACUAAACGGUUUCGUUGGAGCAAAGCUUUACCCGUGUCGGUGUGCUUCUGUGCGGCCGGUCGGGGAGCGGCAGGGAGCCCGCGGCCGCCGGGCACCCCCGCUGCUCCUGAGUUCUCAGGCCGCCGGGGAGACGGACUUUUCUGACUCGUGCUCGAGGGCGCCGCCUGUUCCCUGCCGCCCCCGCCCCUCGGCCCUGUCCCGAGCCCUGGGAGGAGCCGGGCCGGCGGCUUGUCUCCCAGAGCAGGGGGUCGGCCCGGCAGGCCCGGCCCCCCCGGGGCCGCGGGGCGGAGUCGGGGGCGGCGGUUGCCCUUCACCAGCAGCUUGACCUUCCUGGGCAGCUCCCAGGGUGAGGCCGGCGGGAGGGGGUGCCCGCCACCCCCAGCUCCCUGGCGCAGCGGCCUCCUCAGAGAGCCUGAGGAGGAGGGGCCUGCGCUGCAGGCCGCUGGCGCCCGCGUGCGGUCGAGUCACCCACCUUCCCGGCCGGAGGGUACCCCACGGAGGGAAGACACAGCAGCAAUAACACACCCACGGAGCAGCUAACUCACGCCGGGUGCUCCGCGUUCGGUCCGAGCUGGCCGGUGACGGGCCUCCCCUGUAGAUACCCCCGUCACGCUCUGCAUCACACGCGCACACGGGGGUCCGGAGGCCCCUUCCCCCUCCCCCGGCAGCUGUCUCAUCUGGGCGGUCCCCACCGGACGCGCUCCUCUGCCGGGAGGGGAGGGGAGGGCGGCCCUGCCCGGCGGCGUCCGGCGUCCGAGCGACCUGGCCGUCGGGGCGCCGAGCUCGCCCCUCCCCAGGCUCCCGGGCCCCGGGGGAAGCUCGUUCUCGCUUCAGGCCGGGAGUCGCGAACGCCCUGUCUCCGAGGACAGCGAAGACACAGCCCCACCUUGUGUCCGCCAGGAGCGCCCGCAUCGCCGCCCCGCCCCUCUGCUGCUGCUAAUGACAAUAUGAUGACUUACUCUACUAUCCGAGAACUAUUUUUAUGUAAUUAAUGUAUGCGCUCUUGUUUAUAAAUGCCUGAUUUAAAAAGAAA